AUGGGAGGUACUCAAACUGCUCUUGGAGGCUUUGGUACGCAGACUGCUCUUGGUGGUGCUCCUCCUGCUGGAACGGCAACUGCUCUCGUUGGUGGAGGUGGUGGAACGCAGACUGCAAUGGGAGGAGGAUAUGGAGGUACGGCAACAUGUUUGGGGAACGCUCCUGCGGCAGGUAAAAAAUAUUAUCUUUGUCAUUUUAGCCAUUGAUUUUAAUGUUUUAAUUAUAGGUACAAUGACUGCUCUUGGUGGAGGAGGCGGCGGGACGAUGACAGCUCUUGGAGGCUUGA